AUGAAGUUCCUCUCUCCUCUGGCGCUGGGCGCAACUGCUACUGCCUUGGCCCUCGUCAACCCCGAACAGCAGCCGUUGGCACCCUCAAUCGUCCAAAACCCCCAGUCCAAGUCUCUCAUCGAACUGGCACCAUACCAGACCCGCUGGGUCACCGAGGAAGAAAAAUGGUCCCUCAAGCUGGACGGCAUGAACUUCAUCGAUGUCACGGAAGAAUACCAAUCAGGCUCCUACGGCACCCUGCACGCGACCCGAGUCGUCAAGUACCCAACUGAGAUGGCACACUCGGACGAGAUCCGCCCUUUGGCCAAGACUCUGGAUAAGAAGAACAUGAGAAGCAACCUCGAGCACUUCACCUCCUUCUACACCCGCUACUACAAGUCAUCAACGGGUAUCGAGUCUGCAACCUGGUUGUUCGAUCAAGUGACCGCCGCCAUCCACGAAUCCGGCGCCAGCGACCACGGCGCAACCGUCGAGCGCUUUGCACACCCCUGGGGCCAAUUUAGUGUCAUCGCCCGCAUCCCCGGUGAAACCAACAACACUGUCGUCCUCGGCUCCCACCAGGACAGUAUCAACUUGUUCCUGCCGUCCAUCCUGGCUGCCCCCGGCGCCGAUGACGAUGGCAGCGGCACAGUCACUAUCCUGGAAGCUCUUCGUGCCCUGCUGCGGUCGGAGACCAUCGCCCACGGCAAGGCCCGCAACACUAUCGAGUUCCACUGGUACUCCGCUGAAGAGGGCGGUCUGCUGGGCUCCCAAGCCGUCUACUCGCAGUACAAGAAGGAAUCGCGCAACGUCAAGGCCAUGCUCCAGCAGGAUAUGACCGGUUACGUUCAGGGCACCCUGGAUGCAGGCCAGAAGGAGUCUGUCGGUGUCAUCGUUGACUUCGUCGACCCUGGCUUGACUACUUUCAUCAAAGAGGUUAUCACCAACUACUGUGACGUGCCUUACGUCGAGACUAAGUGUGGAUACGCUUGCUCCGAUCACGCCUCUGCCAGUCGGUACGGAUACCCUUCUGCAUUCGUCAUUGAGUCUCAGUUCGAGAACUCCGAUAAGAAGAUCCACACCACUGAGGAUAAGAUCGAGUACUUGAGCUUCGACCACAUGCUGCAGCAUGCUAAGAUGAGCCUGGCGUUUGCAUAUGAGCUUGCUUUCGCGCCUUUCUAA